AUGGACCCGCUGUCAAGAAGCCAGUCCUCCGAAACCCAGCAGGCAGCCCAAACCCCGCUAACCUCCUAUCGCUGGCACACAGGAGGUGGGGGAGAGAAGGGAUCUGGAGGGUUCCACUGGGGCCGCCUUACCAGCUGGGGGAGGGCACUGAGCCACCAGGAACCCAUGGUCAGCAGCCAACCUGCCCGUCGCUCGCUGUUCCGUCGUGUCGUCUCCGCGCCCCCCAAGGAAUCUCGCAAGAACCACCUCAGACUCUCCAAGUCCCUCUGGGGGAGGCAUAAGAGCCCACCGCUGGAGCCAGAGCCGGAGCCAGAAGCCUCAGAGCCGGAGCCAGAGCCGGAGCCCCCAACCCCACAGAUCCCUGAGGCCCCCCCACCCGAUGUGCCUGUCUGGAACAUCGAAGCCUUCACUCUGCUGGACGGGAGGCUGGUGCUGCUCGGGGGUGAGGAAGAGGGGCCUCGCCAGUCCAGGAUGGGGAGCGCCAGCUCUGAGAGCAGCAUCCAGGUGGCCCUGGGGAACCUCAGGGAUGCAGACCGAGUGCCUGGGAAGACUGAGCCAGAGGCUGCUGGCCCCAACCAGGUCCACAACGUCCGGGGGUUGCUCAAGAGGCUGAAAGAAAAGAAAAAGGCCAGGUCAGAGUUGGGAGCCAAUGCCUCUCGGGAUGGGCCCCCCAGUGCUCUGGGCUCUAGGGAAUCGCUGGCCACACUCUCCGAACUGGACCUGGGUGCCCAGCGGAAUGUGCGGGUUUGGCCACUGCACCCCAGCCUCUUGGAUGAGCCCCACUGCUUCCAGGUAACUUGGGCAGGCGGGAGCCGCUGCUUCUCGUGUCGCUCGGCCGCAGAGAGAGACCGCUGGAUCGAGGACCUUCGUCGCCACUUCCAGCCCAGCCAGGACAACGCGGAACGCGAGGAGACGUGGCUGAGCGUGUGGGUGCACGAAGCCAAGGGGCUGCCCCGGGCGGCGGCGGCGGGGGCGCCAGGAGCGCGCGUGGAGCUGUGGCUGGACGGCGCGCUGCUGGCGCGCACGGCGGAGCGGGCCGGGCCGGGCCCGCUCUUUUGGGCGGAGCGCUUCCACUUCGAGGCCCUGCCGCCGGCGCGCCGCCUGUCGCUGCGGCUGCGGGGAGCCGGCCCCGGGGGCGCCCCACUGGGCCGCGCGUCGUUGGCGCUGGAGGAGCUGGGCGCCCCCCGCGCGCCCGCCGCCGGCCUGGAGCGCUGGUUCCCGCUUCUCGAGGCCCCCGCCGGCGCGGCGCUGCGGGCGCGCAUCCGGGCGCGGCGCCUGCGCGUGCUGCCCUCGGAGCGCUACAAGGAGCUGGCGGAGUUCCUCACCUUCCACUACGCGUGCCUGUGCGGGGCCCUGGAGCCGCAGCUGUCGGCGCAGGCCAAGGAGGAGCUGGCGGCUGCUAUGGUGCGCGUGCUGCAGGCCACCGGCCGGGCGCAGGCAUUGGUGACAGACCUGGGAACCGCGGAGCUGGCACGCAGUGGAGGCCGCGAGGCGCUGCUGUUCCGGGAAAACACAUUGGCCACUAAGGCCAUCGAUGAGUACAUGAAGCUGGUGGCACAGGACUACCUCCAAGAGACGCUGGGGCAGGUCUUGCGGCGAAUCUGUGCCUCCACUGAGGACUGUGAGGUGGACCCCAGCAAGUGCCCAGCCUCAGAGCUGCCCCAGCACCAAGCCAGACUGCAGAGCAGCUGUGAGGAGGUCUUCGAGGACAUCAUCCACUCCUAUGACUGGUUUCCAGCAGAGCUGCGCACCGUGUUCUCAGCCUGGCGAGAAGCAUGCAAGGCACGAGGCUCCGAGGCAUUGGGCCCCCGGCUGGUGUGUGCUUCUCUCUUCCUGCGGCUCCUGUGUCCCGCCAUCUUGGCACCCAGCCUCUUUGGCCUGGCACCACAGCACCCAGCACCUACUCCGGCCCGCACUCUCACAUUGAUUGCCAAGGUCAUCCAGAACCUUGCCAACCGAGCCCCGUUUGGUGAGAAGGAAGCCUACAUGGGCUUUAUGAAUAGCUUCCUGGAGAAUCAUGGACCUGCCAUGCAACGCUUCCUGGAUCAAGUGGCCAUGGUGGAUGUGGAUGCAGCACCCAGUGGUUACCAGGGCAGCAGUGACCUAGCCCUCCAGCUGGCAGUCCUGCAUGCCCAGCUCUGUACCAUCUUUGCUGAACUCGACCAGGCAACCCGCGACAGCCUGGAGCCCCUGCCCACCAUCCUGCAAGCCAUUGAGGAAGGCCGCCCUGUACCUGUGUCUGUGCCGAUGCGUCUUCCACCACCACCCCCAGCCCAGGUCUAUUCCAGUUUUUCCGCAGGGGAGAAGCCCGGCUUCCUGCCCCCUCGGGACCUCCCCAAGCACACCCCUCUCAUAUCCAAGAGCCAGUCUCUGCGCAGCGUCCAUGGCUCGGGAAGUUGGGCCCGGCAGCGGCCAGAGGAGGAGCGGCCCCGACGGCUGCCCCGGCCGGUACAGCGCACGCAGAGCGUCCCGGCCGGCCGCCCAGCUCGCCGCUGCCCUUCCGCAGCGGGACCUAGGCCUCGACCCAAGGGCUCCCUGCGCUCCGGCCCCCAGCCCCGCGGCCGGCCCUGGACCGGGGCCUCGGCCUCGCUGCCUCGGAAGCCGUCCGUGCCCUGGCAGCGCCAGCUGGAUCAACCUCGAGGCACAGACCAGGCGCUAAGCCCGCACCGACCCAUGGGCAAGCUGACGGAACUGCAGGGCGAGGUGGCCACCCUGCGCGAGGAGCAGAAGGUGCUGUCGGGCCUCGUGGAGUCCCUGCGCACCCACCUGCGGGCCUUGACGGAGCAGCAGCAGCAGCUUCGCAGCCAGCUGGAAGGCCUGGACUCCAGGCUUCGGGGAAGGACCUCGCAUUUGGAUCCAGAGUGCGGCCCACCAAGCAGUGAGGCCCACAAGCUGAAAAAUCUGGAGCGCCGCCUGUCUGAAAUGGAGAGUUCUCUAGCCCCGCUGAGGGAUGCCGUCCAGAGCCUGCAGCAUCUUCAUACUACGACGAUAGGGUCCAGGAGCCAGCCCCUGCCUCUCAAAGCACGCUGUGUGAAUGGAGACACCACCUGA